ACGCGGAGCGGAAGGUUCCCGUGGCUUCACCUUCAUCUGUUUUCUUUCCGCCUUCACCCCAGUAGAAAAAAGGGAGAAGAAAAUUAAACAUGCGAAGCUUUUAACGCGCUCCCCCCAAAAUUUUUCUUCCCUGUUUCCUUUUUUUUUUGCUCACCUUUACCCGCUUUUUAUCCCUUUAAGCUUCUCUACACUUCAAGUGGAGGAAGAUGAGGAGGGUCUUCCCUGGUUUCUCGCCUCUUUCCUGAAAUUAGGAACUACUUUAGGAAUCUACGGUUAACUUUCUGAAGAAAAUUCAGUUGAUGGCUGAUAAUUUGGUAGCCUUGGUUGAUGAUCUUAAGAACAAAGAUUUAUGAAGCCUUGCACUGAUUAGGAAGUUACCAAUUGCUAGUUUGAAUGGUUCAGUUCUGGUUAUUCUCUCAUGAAGGGAAAGAUAAUAAAGGAUAAAUGAAAAUAUGAUAUACUUCUUCUGUUUUUACACUGAGAUUAAAGAGCAGGUAAAUAUAUUGCAGAUCUUAUAGUCAGAAGGUCUAGUUAUUGUCAAGCCACAGAAAAUCCCCAGAAAACAUUCACCAGAAAUCAGGCUUUCUGUUACCAAACAAGAGAAUGGUUUCAAGUGGUUAUGUGAAGCGCACAGAUGAAAUUCAGGAAGAAUUUGAACCAGCAAAAACACCCAGUGAUUAUGAGACAAAGGAUCAUACCUCUAUUCACAUUAGUACAUCUCGAAGAGGACUUUUGGAUGAGAAAAGACACGGGAAUAAAUUUCUGAGUGCGGUAGCAGCUUUUCCAGGUAAAUCCAUGUUUGUGAAACUUGGAUCUUCCAGUAGGUUAUCUUCUUCUUCAUCCAAAUUCCGGCGGAUUGCAGAGGAAAGAGAUGAUAUUCCACAUUCUGUUCCUUCUCCUGUUUAUCAUAGUCGUUCCAAACGUUUCCCUGUGCCCUUUGCCAAGAAAAUCAACUGGGUUUCUCUAUGGAGAAUGUGUAAGGAAUGGAUAAGAGAUCCCCUGAACAUGGCACUGUUUGUUUGGAUUGCCUGUGUUGCCAUCUCAGGUGCUAUCUUGUUCCUUGUCAUGACUGGAAUGUUGAAUGGUGUUUUACCAAGAAAAUCCCAGCGAGACACCUGGUUCGAAGUCAAUAAUCAAAUCCUCAAUGCACUAUUUACCCUUAUGUGCCUCUACCAACAUCCCAAACGAUUUCACCAUCUUGUGCUUUUGUGCCGAUGGAGACCAGAAGAUGUUCUAACGCUUCAAAAAAUAUACUGCAAAAAUGGAACAUACAAGCCUAAUGAACGGAAGCAUAUGAUGAUCGUAGUGAUUCUUCUUCAUAUCAAUUGUUUCGCUCAGUAUGCCUUGUGUGGUCUUAACUUAGGAUACCCCAGAUCCAAAAGACCUGCUAUUGGAGUUGGUUUGUGCAUUUCUGUUGCAAUUGGUGCACCAGCAAUUGCCAGUGUGUACAACAUUCUUAGCCCCCUCGGGAAGGAAUAUGAGACAGAAACAGAUCAGGAAGCACAGGGUCAGACUAGUUCUGCUGUGGAUCACAGACCUGCUCAUCUUCGGCUGAAAUCCUUAGAAAAGAGAUAUUCUUUUACAGUAAGUAAUGGAAACAGGGUCGCAGAAAGUAGUCCACGAUGGGUAGGGGGACUGUUUGAUUUCUGGGAUGAUAUUUCUCUGGCGUAUCUCUCAGUGUUCUGCAGCUGCUGUGUUUUUGGAUGGAAUAUGGAUAGGCUUGGAUUUGGUAACAUGUUUGUUCAUAUAACAACUUUCCUUCUGUUUUGUCUGGCUCCUUUCUUUAUCUUCAACUUGGCAGCUGUCAAUAUCAACAAUGAGGCUAUUCGAGAAGCAUUGGGAAUCACAGGCUUUGUGCUCUGUAUCUUUGGUUUGUUGUAUGGUGGUUUUUGGAGGAUUCAGAUGAGGAAGAAAUUUAACCUUCCUGGAAAUACCUUCUGCUGUGGUAAACCAGCAAUUACAGAUUGUUUUCAAUGGCUUUGCUGUUGCUCGUGUUCUCUUGCUCAGGAGCUGAGGACAGCAGACUACUACGAUGUUGUGGAAGAUAAAUUAUACUUGAAGGAAAUGAAUAAUAGCACUCCACUCAUGCUGUUCCCUCUGCCUCGUGAAGCUGGGUUUACUGCCCUCAGAUCAAGCCCUAGCUCUUCACAGGGCAAUUCCAAUCGAUCCCUCUUCAGGGUGGACAAUUUAACAAGUCCUAUCAGAUCUUCAGGUGUUUUAGCUCCGGAACAGCAUUUGCCUAUUGUCAAGGACUCAUCAGUAUGAGGUAAAGAUGCAACAAUGAAGCCACCUGUCCUAUCUGUGAUACAAAGAGAAGAUAAUAUGUUAUCAUGAUGUAUGGUGUGCUAUCCUAGCCAACAUAUUCAUUUUUUGAUGUCUCCACUUGUGUUCACAGAAAUUGAUGUUGAUAUAAUUUUUUUCUACUCCUGUCCUUGGUGUAGGGAUGGGUGAUA